AUGUUAUAUGAAAAUUUAUAAGAGUAAUUACAAGAAUGCCUUCCUGAAUAUUAACGAUAGUUUGUUAUACAAAACUACUAAAAUUUCUUAGAUGCUUCAAAAGACAAAGACCCAGUAUAUUAAUAGUUUGUAUAAUUGAUUGAUAAAUUCCAAUCAGCAUCAAGUUAAAUAGAAGUAAUUUCUAAGGACAUCGAGAACCUAAAAAAUGCUAAGGCUAGAUGCAAAUAGUUGCUUGAGGAGUAAGUCAUAAAAGUGGAGGAUGUUGUUGAAGAUGUAUAGGCUGAAGAUCAAUUGACGGAGAUGCUAGAUAAUUUAUCUAUGUUUACAUUUGAGAAAAAUUACGAAUAGGCUAUAGAAAGUUAUAGAUUGUUAAUUGAAACUCAUUAAUCUAAGAAGUUUAUGAAAUUGAUUAAGAAACCAGAAAUCAAGAGAUAAUUGGAUGAAGCAUUCAAAAGUCUUUGUUAAUCGAUAUUCAAUGAUUACAUAAGUCAGAAUGCUUAAUUUGAUUCAUCUUAAUUAAUGCAAUAUUUGAUGGUGUUAAAUUAGGUUGAAAUGCUUAUCAAAGGAUAUCUGCAAAUACAAUAAGAUAAAUUUGUUAAUUGGAUUGAAUAAUAAAAUUAAUUCAAUGAAAAACAAGUUUAAUAGUUUGUAGGGAAUAUACUAAAAGUGAAUCAAUAAUACGAAUCAAUAUUCGGAGAGUAUCUGAGGAAAAACCAGUUAUUGUUUUCUUUUAUUUCCAUAUGGAAUUAAUAGAUUAUCCAGAGUUACUUCGAUAAAAUUCAAGAGAACUUUUUCUAGGAUGUUGUGUCUUUUGAUGAUAUAUUUUCUAAAUCUAAAACCUUGUUGAAUACAUUUUCUCAAUAUCAAUCCAAAGGAAUAUCAAUAGAUUUUGAGAUUCAAAAGGAGCUAGCCAUUUAUAUAGAGAAUAAGGUGAAUGAGUUGUUUGGAGUGUAUGGUUAGAAGAUUAAUUAGUAUAUGCAUUUCAAUGAAAAUAAGUUGGUAAAGAUUGAGUUUCUGCCUAAUCUACUUGAAAGUGAUAAAUUAUUAGAAUCAAAGGAGAUGGAGAUGUCUAACAAACCUUAGGAGGUUAAAUUAAAGGCUUCGGCUACGAUAAAGAGUACAUUCGAUUCACUCAGCCAAGGAGUAUCUAUUAGUUCUUGUUUCUUUUGGAAUAUAGUCUUUAAAUUAGGAGAUUCUGCUUUGAAUUUUUUUAAUCCAGAACAAUACUCUUUAUUAUCGACAAUGUUGAGUGAAUCAAUAUCUAAAUUAUUGAUUCUAUUCAUAAAAGAUUAUUUAAGUGCAAUAAGAACUAAUAGGAAGGAAGGUUAACUAUUAUUUGAAAUAGGAAAUUUAUUUGGAAAUUAUAAUUUAAAUAGUACUUUAAUUAAUUAUUUAUCAACAAGAGCAUCUAAUCUACCUAUCCAAAGCAAUAGCGAAUGGAAAAGGGCGAUUCAAGAUUGGGUGGAUGAAUUAAAAUAAUUAAUACAAUAACAAUAUAAAAAUACGUAUUUGUAGAUGUUACCAUUUUGGAUUUGUGAGCAUGGAAAGAUUUACAUAUAGAAGUAACUUGUAGUUCAAAAGCCAUCACCAUUGUUUUUGAUGAUUGGAUUUUCAAUAAUGGAAAUGAACAAUCAAUUUAAAUCACGGAUACCUCAAGCACCAACACUUUAUUAUUUAGGGUUGCUAUGGGAUUAUACAAAAUAUUUGUUGGAAUAUUCAUUAUAUUGGUCAUACCACAAUUAAGGGAAAAACAAUGAGGUGUUUUUGUUGGAUGCUAAAUCUAGAAAUGAACUCAAAUUAGACAUGAACCAAAUAAACCUGCAAUUCCAAUAGAGUUCUAUAAAAAUACAACAGAUAUCACAAGACGGAUUGAAGUAGCUGAUAUUGGACACUCAAUUUGUUUUUGAUCUUUUCAAUCGAUUCAUAGGGCAAUUGCAACAAAAUGAUUAAUUCUUACCGAAGUUGGUGUCAUUUUACUGUAAGGAUAAGAAAUGUUAAUAACCGCAGAUGAAUAGUUAAUCUUUCGAAUAGUAUUUCACCUAAAGUUUUCAAUAAGAUAUGAUACAAGCAAAAAAUUACAUCGAACAACAAAGAAAGAGUAUAGUGACAUGA